AGGAUGCGGCACCAUGGGCGUCGCCAUAAUCUCCGGCGUCCUCGCCAGCUUGGACGCGAAGGCCGCGACGGGCUUCCACCCCGCUGCGAAGUGGGAAUCACACACCCCGGGCACACUGACCCCCCGAGAGCUGGAGGACGAGUCCCUCCCGUCGCGCUUCCUCGCGUGCGUCAGUAGGGAAGAAAGCGCCAAAAAGCUGCGUGCAGCGUUCAACACACCCAGCGCCCUCGGCUACCAGGUUGAGAUCGUCAAAGGGAAGAAUGUGGAGGCGGUCCAGUCAGCCAGUGUGGUGAUCCUUGGGUGAGUUUCUCAAUGGCCAGGACGGGCGACAGCUCUCAUGCAGGUACGCCCGAUCGUGCAGCUGCAAGCCCCAGCAGGCACAUAUCAUCCUGAACGAGCCGGGGAUGAAGGAGGCACUGGAUGGCAAGCUCCUCAUCAGCAUCCUCGCAGGAGUCACCAUCGCUCAGAUCUCAGCAUGGGUCCUUCCGUCGACAAAGGUGAUCCGAGCGAUGCCCAACACGCCUUGUAAAAUCAGAGAAGGGAUGACAGUCGUCAGCACCCUCCCCCCGUCCUCCUCCCCAGAGCUCGACGAAUCCAUCAUCCUCAACAUCUUCUCGUCCAUCGGCCGCUGCCGGAUCCUCGAGGAGAAGCACUUCGACGCGUGCACCGCACUUGCGGGCUCCGGCCCCGCCUUUGCGUGCAUCUUCCUGGAGGCGAUGGCCGACGGAGGCGUCAUGAUGGGCCUGCCGCGCGCGGAGGCGCUGGAACUCGCUGCGCAGACACUGCAAGGAGCUGCGCGCAUGACGCUGCAGCAGGGCAUGCAUCCGGCACAAUUGAAGGAUUCGGUGACUACACCCGGAGGUUGCACAAUUGCGGGUUUACUUGCCAUGGAAGACGGCCGUGUGCGGUCCACCAUCGCUCGUGCGAUACAGAUAGCCACGGAAAGAGCUUCAGAGCUGGGACAGCCAGCCAAACAUUGAUUGAUUCGCUCAAUCAUUGACGAAAAGACACCCAGUUGGAAUUUGUACCAGCAUUUGUACAAAAUAUAAUUUGAUGUACACUAUAU